GCAGAUCCAUUAGAUCAUCAUAUUUUCUACAUGAAAACAGAUAAAGCGCAACCAAUAAGAGCAAAAGUAUCGCCCAUGUUCACACCGAGCAAACUUAGGAGUAUGGUUCCUAUAUGCCUAGAACGCUCGAAAAAUUUCAAAGAUUGGUUGGACACACUGUUAUCGCGAAAUGAAGAGAUAAAUUAUAGCGAUAUGAUAGAAAAAUAUAUCAGUGACUUGAGUACUACUUGUCUAUUUGGUUAUGACUUGGAGGCUCUCAAAGAUGGUGAAAAUAAAGUUUUACAACAAAUAAGAAAGGCAGUUAGUGCCAAUACAUGGAAAAAUAUAUGCAAAUCAUUGCUACCAAAUAUAGUAAUGCAGAACAAAUUAUAUGAUUUAAUCGGUUACUAUAUGUUUGGCAAUGCGCAAGAAUGGCAAUUUUUUACCGCGUUAGUCAAAAAUAUUGACAGUUACAGAAAAAAACAUGGUAUUGAUAGGCACGAUCUUACUAACGUGAUCAUGGGAUUGAAACAAAACGAAAUUACGGAUCAGUUGGUUGUUGCAAAUAUUUUUGCAUUUAUGGCCGCAUCUGAAACAUCUUCUGCAACGGCAACUAAUACUAUGUAUGAAUUAGCUUUAAACCAAUCAAUCCAGGAUAAACUCCGCGAAGAAAUCAAAAGUGUACGCGCAAGCAAUAAAGAAAAGCAAAUAACAUAUGAUGAUAUAAACACAAUGUCUUACUUGGACGCAGUAUUUAAAGAAACGCUCCGAAAGUAUCCGAUAGCAGAUGUAAUAGGGAGACAGGCUAUAUCAUGCUACACUUUUAGAAAUUCUAAAGUCACCAUCCCGAAAAAUCAACUAGUUGGUAUACCUGUUUGUGGUAUUCAUUAUAAUCCAGAUAUAUAUCCGAAACCAGAAGUUUAUGAUCCUGAAAGAUUCAUCGAUCCAAAAACAAAAAAUUCCAUGCAUUAUUUCCCCUUUGGACAUGGUCCAAGAAAUUGCAUUGGUGAACGGUUUGGCAUACUAGAAACAAAAAUAGUGCUUAUUACUAUUAUAGAGAAUUACAAAGUGGAACCAUGUGAAAAUACAAAAAUGAUAUAUAACUGGGAAAAAAUAGUUCAACAAACAAGAAGCAUGUAUCUUAAAUUGACUAAGAUCAAUUGAUGUUUAUGCCUAAUCUUCAUAUCUUGCACUAAUGUGUUAAUUACUUAGUUGUUCAAAUAUUAACAAAACUGAUUUUGUUAAAGUAAUAAGAAAAGCAUUUAUUCGGAAA